UUGUAAUUGAUAUCGAAUCCGCCGCGUCCAUCUUGAUUUCCAGUACAUAUAUUUUUUUAAUACGGUGACCAGACCGACAGGAAAUAUAAAAAACGCUAGCGAGUCCAUACCGCUGUUCUCUAUGAAUGUCUCGCAGGUGAAGAAGAGAGCCGCACUUAUCACACUCUAGUUGGUCAGCUAAUAUUUGCAGUUCUACAACUCGCCGUCCAUGUCUUCAUUCGUCGUUGCGAUAAUUUUAAAGAGUUUUUUGAUUUACAAUAAUAUUUGUGUCAUCGAAGACGCAAUCAGUGUCUAGGCCUAGUGCAUGAUUCACAGAUGUACUGUUACUGUAAUUAUGAUCGGAGUGAUAUUUUUUCGAUUUGUGAUGAAACUUAUUAAGUGUUUUAACUUUGGGAGUUUUAUACCUUUUUUUCUUACUUAUGAUCACGAUAGGACUUAUCAUCGUCUGCCAUAUUCCGUGGGGAUCGGAAAUGACGUAAUAAUGUAACGCGUUGUAUAUAUAUUAUAUAUACUAGUGUGUAUUUCAGACAAAGACGAUAGGAUGGGGAAUUCCAGUUCGAUGUACAAGACCCUUGGUGAAUAUUCUUCAAUUUAUCGUGGAAAACAAAGCGAGGCCGACAAUAAAAGAAAUGUAACCCAUGACUAUCACAGACCAGAGAGUGCCGACAGUGGAUUCGAACGCGAGCCUACUGACCUUUCCUCAUUGCACGAAAAGGUCACCGUCUCCAAAUUCUUCCAUACAGCAAAUAAUCAUGACCAACUUAAAAGUAUACUACAGGAACACAAAAUUGCCAUCCUCACUGGUUGUCCCGGGGACGGGAAAUCAUAUGCAGCUUCUACAUUUAUCAAAUCUAUGCAUGACAAUGAAGGAUGGUUUACCGGUGAUCAACGCAUUAAGACACCAUUAUAUGCUUAUCAAAUGCAUGAUAUACCGAAUAUCGGAAAAGUUGAAAAUCGUUUAAUUAUGAUUGACGGAGUAUUUGAUCAUAUCAAGUUUGACGUAUCCUUUCAAGAGUCGAUAUUUGCACUGCAAAACAUUUUGGACGAUGGUACGAGGAUUCAUGACAAACUUUUCCUCAUUGUUAUGCAAAAAGAGUUGAUAAAUUAUCUCAGAAUGCAAUUCCCAUCUAUUGAUUGGAUCGAUGAAAAGUAUAUUGUUGACCUUUCAAGGCAGCUGUCUUCAAAAGAAAAGAAAAUAAUUCUAGAAGCUCAUUGUAAAUCACACGAAGGACUAUGGGACAAUAUUGCAUUUUCAGAUAGAAAGGUGUUCGGAUUUCCAAAAUGUUGUAAACAGUUUGGGUCUUUGAAAUUAGGGACCAGUGAUAUAUUUUUUGCUCAGUCUGUAAAAAUGUUAGAACAACAUUUCUGUAAUAUGGAUAGUAGGUGUCUUUUUGUUCUUGGAAUGAUGUUCAUGAAUGCUGGAAAGCUGACAGAGAAAGAAAUUCUGAGAGGUCCAAAAACUUUCCAAUUUUCUGAAAAUUUGACAACUAUUAGUGGAAUGUCUACAUUGGAUAAGAUUGGUGUCCAUACCAUCUUGAUGGUUGUUAGAAGUUUUCUAGAUGUGUAUUUUGUAAAGUAUAAAUUGGACAACCAGUUUAUUUUCAUAGAUUCUCAAGUAUCAGAUGCUGUAACUAAUGUUUUGUUCCAAAGAGAUCCAUGCUUGUUCAUAGAAUCAUGUCCUGUGUACAUUUUACAGAAAUGCACUUCAGGGACCUUUUUGAAAGAGCAAAAUGUCCAUCAUAGCAGUAUAAUUCAUAAGACAGUAAACCGUUACUGUUUAGAGCUUAAAACAUGCCCAAAUACCACAUUAUUUAAAUCAGUAUGGCAGUCAGAAAUUUUUUCAAGCAAAUAUUUUAUCGAAUGUAAAGAUAACAGUCUUGCAAUGGAAAUUGCUGGCCUCGAACCACGUUAUCAAUCAUUGUUUUUCAAUUGUUCUAGUGUUGAAAAUUCUUGUUUGAUUUCCUAUCUGCUCAUUUGUUUGCCUACACUGUCGUAUAGGAUAGAAAACAACAAAGCGAUUCUCUCUUUUCUCAAGUAUCACGAUACCGAAUGCAAAAAGAUUAUAUAUGGCGAGUGUGCAUACAAAACAUUAGACACCGACCGGAGGGCAAGCAAGUUAUUCGAGGCUAUGGAUUUGCACUCUGCCAAAAGGAACACUGGGAUAAGUGUUUUCCUCUUUAAAGAAUUAGUAGUCUUCUUCAAUAGGGAAUCAUUAUCAGAACAACUGUCGUUGGACUUGCACGGUCUAGUAAGAUUAAACUCCUAUAAAUCGAUUUUACAAUGUGGUCACACUCUAGCAAAGCAAUCAAACCGUGAUACUUGGAAAACAUUAGCCAAGGUAGAUUACCAGUGCUUGUGUCGCAAAACUGAACCUUUCAAGCCUUUCUUGAAGCAAAUGCUAGAAAAGGGAUUAGAAAUUUCGUGUAGUAAGUUGAUGAAAAUUGCUAUGGCAUUUCCAAAACAAGAUUCACUUUCAUGGCUCAAAAAUGUUGUGCAUCUUGUUAUCAACGGUGGUGAUAUAGACUUGAUAAAAACAUUACUGAAAGAGGUAUCACAAAGCUUUCGACGAAUGUACAUGUCGGGUGUAAUUGUGCGAAGCAUUUGGUUUGGAAGACGAAAGUGUUUUCAUCUACCAUCCAAAGUAGAUAGUAUUGUUUAUAUCGUCGACGCUCCAAAGCCUCGAUUAGAUGAUAGUAAUUUCCUAGGAUUACGAAUUGUAAUUCGCACCGAGAACGAGACCAAUGAUGAAGAAAAACGGCUAAUGUCGUAUGAAAGGGAGAUGGAUACUUAUUGUCCAAUCCAAAUAAACAGCAAAGACGUCGCAGCUCUCUUUGAAGCGCACACAAAUAUAACAAUGAUCAGAACAUCAAAUGUUUGCUAUCAGGAGAACGACGAGAAGGAAAUUUACAUAGCAAGAAUGCCUUGCGUAGUUAUAUUUUGUCAUGUUAAAGGUGUAAUUCCGCUGGGUGAGAAUGCAUUUCCUGUAUGUUUAAGUUGUUACAAAGUUGAUGUUCGAGAAGGUGUAUGUUCAUUCGCGGCAAAUCCUCUACAGAUUGGAGAAGGAAUCCAAUCAAAGAUGGCAGAUGGCUUUGGAACGCUGGGUGGCUUUGUUGACAUCGAUUCCAAAAGAAAAGGUUUUCUAACUUGUGCUCACGUUGUAUUUAGAGAAGACAUUCUAAAACGUGGUAAAGUAAAAGAAACUAUAAAGCGCUGUGAAGUUACGAUAUCUGAGAGAUCAGAAAAUACCGACUUGAAAAGUGAUGUUGGUAUCGUAUGUAGUGCUGCUUUCCUGCAUAAAGAUCCAAACUCUGUUAGCAUUGAUGCAGCUCUAGUUGAAAUUAAAAACCGGUACCCUGAAAAUGGACUGUUUUUUAAUUCAUAUACACCUCUUCAAUUACAAAAUGCAGGAUUUGCAUUAGAUUACGCACUAGAGUUUACGAAUGGUAAUACAGAAAAGAUUUCCCAACGCAAUUGUCGAAAACAAGUCAUCAAGAUUGGAGCCCAAAGUGGCCUUACCUCUGGUUACAUUCAAACACGGGAUACACAUGCGAAAAUACCAGAGUCGCAUGCAAAAGACAUAUUUAUCAACGAAAAUACAUUUAUGUUUAAAAUGUUUAAACAAAUAGAAAUUUAUCCCCAAGACGAGGAUUCUCCAUUCCUUCGUAAGGGAGAUUCUGGUGCAUUCAUUUUCAUGAUAACUAACAAUGUACCCCUAGUGUUGAAAUGUGUAGGAAUGGCAAUAGCAGUAACCACGUACGGUUCCUGCUUAAUGACACCCAUUGAUAAUAUUUUGAAUGCUUUUGAUCUAUCCCCGAACAAUUUAUCAAAGUUUACACCGACAAUCACUGGACCGUCGCAUGAUUCAACUCUGUUCGAGACAUUCAGAAAGUCAAUGAUGACUGACUUCAAGAAACUUUUAUCGAAUCAUCUUGAUCAAACAAUGGCUAAACUCGCAUCAAAGGAAGAUGUCCAAAAGAUUGACGAGCGUCUGGUGACGUUGGAAAAGAGUACCAAGAAAUGAAUUCAAAUAAAUACUUAAGGUCAUAUGCGACGUAUCUGCCAUUUCAACUGAAACAGUUUUUUAUCUCAAGAUGAAGAAUUCUUGCAUGAUUUCCGAAAUUGGUUUCAAUUUCAUAUUGUAGCAAUAUCGCUAUACUUCGUUUAUCGACCUUGUUAGCUCACUAAUACAAGUGUCUCGGGUUCCAUUUCCAAUUGACCCAAAACUUGUUCUCCCCUUCUUUGCUACAAUAACUUAUACACAGCCUUCUUCCGUAAUACAUAAGAAACCUUUCACAACCAGAUCGCAAUCCACACAUGCUAAAUCUAAAAAUGACCUGGUAAUACUCCUCAUGUUUCUUUUCCAGAGACAAGAUAGGAUGCAAGAGAAUUGUAUCCCGAAUGUUAGGAUUUUUAAAAAUAUUUUUGGGAAAUGUCGCGUAUGACCUUAAAUCGUGAAAUGAACAUAUCUCGCUGGUUGACAUCAACGAUAGCAACAUUAUAUCAAUACACAUACGAAAAUAUAUGUGCAAUGUAUUUUUAUAAAAAAAAAAAAAAAAAAAAAAGAAGAUAUAGGACUCCCAGCGGGUGUGACCGGUAUACAGGGGAUGCCUAUUCGUCCUAGGUAUCUUGUUACACGUGAAAGGUGUCUAGUGUUUCCAGUGGUCCGUUUUUGUCCUACCCUUUAUAGAAUGUAUGACAUCGAUCGCUAUUUAUCUCCAUGUGUCCAUACUAUGUAUAUUUGGUCAGCGUUUCGUGUGUACGUCUUACAAAGACUUUUACAUACUUGACAAAAUGUUUGUGAUAAUUGAACAGUCAAAUUAUUACAAAAUCCUACUUUAUAGUUUAACUUACGUGAUCUAGUAUAUCAUAAUGAUGUUGUAUUCAGAAAAAUGAUGUUUGAUAUUAAAUGUAACAUAUUUA